AUGUAUUUAAGCUUUAUUAAGGAGCAUUUCACGCCUAGUCAAGAAGAACUUGAUAUGUUAGAAGCUAAAGAAACAUAAGAUUUAUAUUCUGAUGUAUAAAUUCAAGGGGGAUUUAUUCAAGUAUUCUAUUUCAAAUAGAUAGGUUUAUUCUAGAUAAUGUAGUAUAUUUGAUUCUGAAGUAUACAAGAAUUAACUCAAUUUGUUCAAGAAAUAUUUGUUGAAUUAUGAGAAAUAAAAUCCUAAGUUAAAUGGACGUUGUCUUGAGAAGGCAUUCUAUGUGGAACAGACCUAUUCACUAGACUGUUAGGUGGAAUCACCGGAAACUUGGUUAAAGGAACAAGUAACAGUGUGGCAAUUGCCAACUGAUAUAGUGAAUAAGUUGAAUUCUAAGUGUUUCACCUUUGAAGACAUCGCCAAAAGACAUGGGAGCUAGAUGGUGGACAUUCGAAUACAAGAUCCAAAUACAGACACCUUUACUCCGACGGUUGAAUAAAAUAGUAUAGCCAAUCAAAUGAGAAUUGAUGAGUAUUGUAAGUAUUUGAAAAACAAAACUGAGUUUUUUUAGAAACAUACAGAAUAUUCACCAGAUAAAGUGUUAUUUGCUGUGAAUGUAGACAUGGAUANAUAUAUUUAUAGGAAUGAAUUUUCUACUUUUUAAAAAUACGUUUAAUUUAUUGAUUAAAAAGGUUCCUAUAGGAAUAAAUGA